GGGAGUGGUUGGUGGAGUAGACUUUUGCUACAGUACUCUUCUCGUCAGCCAUGGCACGGAAGCAGCCCCUCCUCCAUGGCGCGGUGGUCGAUGCCGUCGACCUCCUCGCACCGGCGCAGCCCGAAUAGUCCACCGCCUUCUUCCAUCUGCCCCGCCUGCUCUCCCAAGCCCCAUAGCUUGGUUGUGGGCCGGUAGCCAUGGAGGCUGCCGCGGCGAGCGCGUUGACCAAGGAGGUGGUGCUGAAGCUGGUCGCGCUGCUGAGCGAGAAGCACAAGCUGUCCAAGCGGCUCAAGGAUGACCUCCGCUUCAUCCGCACCGAGCUCGACAUGAUCUCCAGCGCCAGGGACAGCCACCACAUGAUGGCGGGGGACCCGAGUUCCUCCUCGCGGCGGCCGCAGGCCGUCGUGUCCAUGGAGGAGAUGCGCGACCUCGCGCACGACAUCGAGGAUUGCAUCGACCGGUUCCUGCCCUGCGUCGCAUGCGAGGGGGAGGCGGCGGCGUCCUCGGUCCUCCGCCGCGUGAAGACGGCGGUCACCAGCACCAGAUCCCGGUUCGCGGCGGAGAUCCGGAAGCUCAGGGGCAGGCUCAGGGACGCCCACGAGCGGAGGGCCAACUACGACGUCCAGGCCGGCGGCGGGCCGUCCUUCUCGGCCGCUGCCACCGGAGCAGGUUCUCCUCCCGCAGCCGCCGAUGGCGACCUCGUGGGCAUCGACAAGCCGAGGCAGGAGCUCGUGGAGCUCUUGCUGGAGAGCGAGCCGGGGAGGUCGGGCGUGAUCUCCAUCGUGGGAUUCGGCGGCUCCGGGAAGACCACGCUCGCGAGGGCGGUGUUCGACUGCCCCGCCGUCGUCCGGAGGUUCCCCUGCCGCGCCUGGGCCGCCGCGCCGGAGCACAGGGACGCCGAGGGGCUCCUCGCGGCCAUACUCCGGCAGUUCCACACGGCCCAAAACUCCAUCCAUGGCUUCCUGCGGACUACAGAGUGUUUAAUCGUAAUCGAUGACAUUAACAAGCAACACUGGGACGCCAUCAAAUCUAUCUUCCACAGGGAAACAAAAAGCAGAAUCAUUGUGACAACAUCUCUUCAGUCAGUAGCUAAUGCUUGCAGCUCAGGUGGUGGUUAUGUUUACAAGAUGAGCAUUCUUGACGCGGAACUCUCCAAGGUUUUGCUAAUGAAGAAGGUCUUCUUCCAAGGAUGUUCACCUGAACUGGAGCGGGGCUCGACAGCGAUCGUUGAGAAGUGCGAUGGCCUUCCACUCGCUCUUGUUAGUGUGGCCAAGUUUUUGCUAGGCGAGAACGAGCUCACGGGGAAUCACUGCACGCAAGUUUGCCGCAACCUCGGGCUUCAUAUGGAGAAAGAUGCAGACUUCACAAAGCUACAACAGGUUCUUGUAAAUAACUACAUAAGCCUGUCUGGCUAUCCUCUCAGGACCUCCUUGCUGUACACAAGUGUGUUCCCAAAUGGUCGUACAAUCAGCAGGAAUACUUUGAUCAGGCGAUGGUUGGCAGAAGGGUACGUGCAAUGUCAGUACAAACGCAGUGACCAUGAGGUAGCAGAUGAGAACUUCCGGGAACUCAUUGACCGGAAUAUCAUCCGACCGAUCGAUGCUAGCAACAACACGAAAGUGAAGACAUGCAAAACUCAUGGUAUCAUGCACGAGUUCAUGCUGCACAAGUCCAUGUCUGAUAACUUCAUCACUUCUCUGCGUGAUCAAAAUCGAAGUAAGUUCCGUCACCUGUUCAUCCAGAACCCUGCAAGUGGCAGCACCUUGGGCCUGAACCACCAACAUACAAGUACAGCAAGCGACAACGUAUCUGGUAGUGAAAAAUUUCGUGCCCGAUCUCUAACAAUCUUUGGAAAUGUGGAAGAAUCGGCUUCUGAGUUUUGUAGGUGCGAGCUUCUGCGAGUGCUGGAUCUGCAAGAAUGCAAUGAUUUGGAGGACGAUCAUCUCAAGGACAUACAUAAGUUGUGGCAUCUAAAAUAUCUGAGCCUUGGGGGAACUAUCAACAACCUUCCAAGGAAUAUUGAAAAGUUACACUGCUUAGAGACACUGGACCUUAGGAAGACCAAGAUAGAUAUAUUGCCAUAUGAAGUCAUUGGGUUGCCUCACCUAGCUCACCUGCUUGGAAAGUUUAAGCUUGGGAAAAAGGACCUGAAAAUGAGUGAACUGAAGAAGCUCUUGCCCAAAACAUGUAAGUUGAAGACUCUUGCAGGAUUUGUUGCAGACGAAAACGCUGGGUUUCUACAACUAAUGGCUCAUAUGAAUGAAUUAAAGAAGGUUAAGAUAUGGUGUGAGUCCACUGGUGCAGACAGCAAGAGCUUACCUCACAUUUCAAAGGCAGUUCAGAAGUUUGCUCAGGAUGGUAUGGACACUACAGGCGUUCGAUCUCUGUCACUUGACUUCGGAAAUUCCACGGGGGACUUCCUGGGUUCUAUGCAAGAAUAUUGUUAUCUCAGCUCGCUGAAACUGCGGGGCAGGCUGAGCGUGCUGCCUCAUUUUGUUACAUCCUUGUGUGGCCUCACGGAGUUGUGCCUUUCAUCAACUAAUCUGGUGGGGAAUGCUCUAUCAAACCUGUGUAAGCUUCGCUACCUGCUUUACCUCAAACUGGUUGAGGCUGACCUUAGGAGCUUUGUCAUUAAAAAUGGAGAUUUCCCAAGUCUGCGACGCUUAUGCCUUGUCGUGCAAUCACCCGUCCUCCCGACAAUUGGAAAAGGAGCUCUGCCGUAUCUUGUGUCACUUCAGCUGCUUUGUAAAGAUCUUGCUGAUCUUUCAGGCAUCAAGAUUGAAUACCAUGAUUGCCUGGAGGAAGUCGCUCUUGAUUCGAUGGUCAGUACGAAAGCAGUAGAAACGUGGGAAACUGCAGCAAAGAAGCAUCCAAAGAGACCAAAGGUUCUGUUUCUCAAACGGAUUGAUCCAAGCGAAGCCCAGUCUUCUGUGAAAUAUGUGGCGGCAGAUGGACCGAUGCCUAAGAAGGGUCCCUCCAUUGAGUUCAGUCAAGUUCAGUUAACGCAGAAUAUGUUGCAGAAUGAAUGCAUAAUCCGUUCAGUCCAAUCAAGUUCAGUGAACAAGCCUAAUUCAGCUUUGAAGAAAAUAAUAGUUUCAGAACCCCAUCAGGCUGCAUCGGAGCUAUCCAGUGCUGGGAAUGGUGCGAUGCCUCCUUCUGCAAGCAUAUGUAACAGUUAGAGCAGCGCUGUUGGAGUUGAUAAAAUGAGCCACCGGUUUCAACCUCAUCGGGCCUGGUCCUUGGGUCGGGUUCUUGUAGUCCGCAGGCUGUGCUAGCUUUGUGCCUGUACAGAAACUCCUCUUUCCAUGUAUGCAUGGACACAGCCAGCGUUUGCCUGUUGCCGUGUCGGUCGGGGAGAAGUUGUUGCCUCAAGUUACCAUGCAGGCUGCAAGGUAAGUCUGCCUCCAUACCGAGCAAUGCCCAUCGCUGGAAUGCAGUUCACCGUGUUAUCCGAUUCACGUUUCACAACUAUAGGUUUGUGGCAUGUUGUAUCAUGUCCAGUUGCACAACUAAGAGCCACUCAGCAGCGUGUACAGAUGCAGUCAUGCAGAUAUGUACUCCCUCCGUUCCUAAUUACCUAGUCAUUUUAGAGAUUUUAAUGUCAAAUAUCCAAUUCUGAGCCCGGGCUCAUCUGCACCCGGUCAAGAAAUAAUUCAUAAAAAAAUAAAAUAAAAAUCCAAAUUUUUUGUGCAUGGUAGAUAAUUUGGUGCGUAAGGUGCGCUCCAAAUUUUAGAGCAUUUGGACAUUUGAGUAGCUCAGCAAAAAAGACAAAUUGGGUCAGUGCAGUAUACGAACAGUACACUAUUUAGUGCAGUAUACGAACAAUACACUAUUUAACAGACCCCAAAUUUGUCUUUUUUGCCGAGAGCUAUUCAAAUGUCCAAAUGAUUAGAAAUUUGGAUCGGAGGUCACGCACCUAAUUAUCUACCAUACCAAUUUGUUUUGGAUUUUUUUGAAUUUUUCUA